AGUAUUCAGAUGGAUGGAUUGGCUGUGUAUGUGAAUCAAACAUAUUGCUUUGCAUCUACGAUUCAAUUGAUUAUUUGAAUCCAGAUUUAAAAGGUGAAUAUAAUUGUCUUAUUAUUCUUAUUAUUCUACUCGAAUGAGGCGAUGGGCAACGGUGUCAUCCAUACCCCAAAGUCGAUCGCAACCGAGACACCACAACACAACACAACAACAGAAAUAAUAAAAUAAAAUAGAUUAUAAAACAAACGAGUAUAAAAGAACAAAAUAAGAUCAUUGAAUAUAAUAGAAUAAAUAAAUAGAUGGAUAGAAUAGACGUGCUGCGCUGUCCUCCGCCCGCCGAAACCAAACUAACCCAAACUUCUCUCUUCUCUUCGCACUGUUUCUUCCCUUUCUUCUUCUCUCCUCCUCUUCUUUUCUUUUCUUCUUUCUUUCUUUCUUUCUCCCUCCCACUUCAUCUUCUUCUUCCUUUCCAUCCCUCUCCUUCAUCUUUUCCUUCAGUUCCUCUCCUCCCCUCCCUCUUCUCCCUUUCCUCCUUCUCCUCCUCCACCCCCUUCUCUCUUCCCCGCCAAAGCCCCUCUGUUUUCUUCUCAACCGUUUCCCCUCUCCGUCCGCCUCUCUGUCCAUCCUAUCUAUCUCCACACACACACCACGGGCCUCCAUCCGCCUCUUUUCCUCCGCCUUUCUACUCUUUCGUCCGAGGUAAGUCUUUUGUUCGAUCGCUGCUAGUUUUCUUCAUUUGUCCUUGGGCUCUUCCCUCUGGAUUAUCCUGAAACAACUUGUGCGACGCGCUGCGGGAAACGCCAUGGAACUGAUUUUUGUCCCCCCCAAAUCUAGUCCGUUUGUCACCUCCACACCACCUAAGUCA